AAAUAUCUACAGGUUUUAUUUUUACAAAUAUAUUCCUUUAUUAAUAAAACAGUAGUCGAAUUUAAACCAGUAUUGCGAAAUCGUUCACCCACGUGACUCCAAGAUGUCGAAUCAAAAGAAUUAAUGCGCUUCGUUCUAUUUAUAUAUUUGUUCCACGUUCGAUGAUUGAGAAUGGGACCAGAGGACAUAGAAUCAGACGAUUUUUGAUUACAUUGAACUUGUGACAACCAAGGCCAUACGAAGUCUAAACGAAACAGGAAGAAUUGCGUCUUAUUUAUGUUCAAAUUUUGAAUUUUUUGGCAUUCCUAAAACUUAUUUCGUGUUUCGACGGUUGCAGUUCAUAACCAUCAUAAUUGAUAAUUCAUAAUCGGGAACAAUCGGGAAGCAAUCUCACAAACCAAUCGCAGGUAGUGAAAAUGUCUACUACAUCACAGAAGCACAGGAACUUUGUGGCUGAGCCAAUGGGAGACAAACCUGUGACCGAGCUAGCUGGUGUUGGAGAGGUGCUAGGAAAAAGAUUAGAGGCUGCAGGCUUUGAUAGGGCAUAUGUGGUCCUGGGACAGUACUUAGUGUUAAAGAAGAAUAAGGAGCUGUUUCAAGAAUGGAUGAAGGAUGCUUGUUCAGCGAAUGCGAAACAGUCAACAGAUUGUUAUCAAUGUCUCACUGAUUGGUGUGAAGAAUUUUUGUAAUUGUGAUAGAUUUGACUUAAAUAUUCUUAAAA